GAGGGGAGUGUAGGCCCGAGACGUGCGAGUGUGCCAAGUUGCAUCUAUUCGUGGAUCAGACAUGGGACCAGCCUGAUCUGGGUCUGCAAGGACCUAGUAUGGCGUAUGGCGAGGAUGGAAGAUUGAAGCCUGAGUGUCUCGGCUUCAACGCCCUCUCCAUCUUCGAGUGUACAGACGCCUGCGGCUGUAGCGAGGACUGCCCGAAUCGCGUCGCUCAGAAGGGUCGCAAGGUCCCCCUCGAAAUCUUCAAGACCCAAAAAUGUGGCUGGGGUCUGCGUGCACGCAACUUCAUACCGGCGGGCACGUUCAUUACAGCCUACGGCGGUGAGCUCUGCACAAACGACGAGGCGGACCAACGGGGCAAACCCCAUGAAGCUGACCCUCUCCCUCUCGCUCGCCCGCCCAGACAAUCCUACCUCAGCGUCGACGCCGGUCUCUACGGGAACAUUGCCCGUUUCCUGAAUCACUCCUGCUCCCCCAACCUCAACCAGGAGUACGUCUGGCUCUCCUCCGACCUGGACUUCGCGCGACCGCGCGCCUGUUUCUUCACCAACCGCGACGUAGCCGCGGGGGAGGAGCUGCGUUUCUCCUAU